AUGACAGUGCAUCUCUUCGGAGGAGUGUGGAGUCCCUCGUGUGCGGCCUAUGCUCUGCAACGGACCUUCCAAGACUUCGGAGAUGAGUUCUCGGAUGCCGCAAAUAGAGCGAAAUCAAACUUCUAUGUAGACGACCUGCUCCUUUGCGGCAUCUUUUUUCCCCUGGAAGGUUUCAAACUCACAAAAUGGAUCAGCAACGACAAAGAGGUCCUCAACACGAUACCAUUUGAAAGUCGACAUGCUGGAGUGAAGGAAGUGAACCUGGAAUGUGAAGACCUACCCACGGAGAGAGCCUUGGGAGUCAUGUGGGACCUAUAUGGAGACCAGUUUGCAGCAAAGGUUCAGGUUCCCACCCGACAGGCGAAAAAAAGGGCUUACUAG